AUUUUUCAAAAAUAUAUGCAAAAAACACACGUAUAUAAUUAAUAUAAUUAACAAUUUUGCUAUACAUCUGCCUACUUCAAAAAUCCCUCGCGUACAUAAAUUAAUAACAAUUAUCUGGUAGCGCUAUACACUAUUAAACAAUCUUCGAGAGAAGUAAAUUGAGUAUGCGCUGUAAAAAUAUUGAUAGUGACUUGUGUUUUUGUGAUCUUUAGAGUGGAACUGAAAACCCCAAAAAGUUAACUUCAACAUGGAUUUUUCCGAUAAAGUAGUUAUUGUCACCGGCGCAAGUUCUGGUAUUGGUGCCGCGACCGCAGAACUCUUUGCAAAACUGCAUGCAAAAGUGGUGCUCGUUGGACGCAAUGAGACAAAUCUCAAAACAACUGAAGCAGCAUGCAAAGCCGCAAAUGAGAAGGCGGAAUUGUUAACCAUCAAAGCCGAUAUAACAAUUGAUGCAGAACGCAUAAUCAAUGAAACUAUUGCGAAAUUUGGCAAAUUGGAUAUACUAGUGAAUAAUGCUGGCAUAUUAGCCUGUGGUAAUAUACUGGACAUUGAUGUAGAGCAAUUUGAUCAAAUAAUGAAUACAAAUCUACGUGCUGUAUUUGUCUUAACCAAAUUGGCGGCACCUUAUCUGGUGCAGAGUCAAGGCAAUAUUGUGAAUGUUUCCAGUUUGGCUGGUACACGUGCAUUUCCAAAUGGCUCGAGCUAUUGUGUGUCUAAAGCGGGCUUAGACCAAUUUACCAAGUGUAUAGCACUAGAUUUAGCGGCAAAAAAUGUGCGCGUAAAUUCCGUAAAUCCCGGUUUGAUUAUUACCGACAUACAUCGCCGCGGUGGCAUGUCGGAGGAAGCGUAUGCCAAACAUUUGGAACAUGGCAAGCAGACACAUGCUUUGGGGCGUGUUGGUAAACCCAACGAAGUAGCCGAAUCCAUUGCAUUCUUGGCCAGUGAUGCUGCUAGCUUCAUUACUGGUGCUAUACUGCCAAUUGAUGGUGGUAGACAUGUCAUGUGUCCGCGUUAAGAUUAAUUCAAGUUAUAUGGAAUUAUUACUUUGAACAAAUACACUUUAAAAGGUUUAAAUUAAACUAUAUUUUUUUAGAUUACAUAAAUAAAUAGCUGUUUAAUUAAAAUAUAAGGUGCUUAAAUGCUUUAGUAUGUUUGUAAACAUUUCAUUAGCAAUAUCUUAUCAAAAAAUCUUUAUAAUUGUUUUCAUAAAAAAAGCUCAGAAUAACUGAUAUCGCUACAUACAGACAUUUAUAUUAAAAAUACGAAUAACUGAUAUCGCUACAUACAGACAUUUAUAUUAAAAAUACGAUUUAUUUAUAACCUAA